CUCCUCCUCCUCUCCUUCGCCAUCGGCAUCCAAGACGCCGCCGCCUGGCCAACCUACGGCUGCUUCGCCUCCAACCAAACCGGCAACAUGCUCUUCCUCGCCCUCGGCGGCGCCGGCCUCGCAACCACAGCCGACUACAACUUCCGCAAUCUGGGGAUGAGUCUCGGCGCGUUCGUCGCCGGCGGCCUCGUAAUGGGCCAGAUAGGCAACCUCGUCGGGGUGCGCAAGCGCGGCUGGUUACUGCUCUCGAGCCUGAUUCAGACGGGGAUGGUAUUUGCAGCUGCGGCUAUUGAUGCGCGCGAGGAUGGAGACUCCGCUGCGCUGCUGACGCUGUUUUUGUUGGCGUUUGCGUCCGGCGCGCAGGUGGCUAUGGGUCGCGCGUUGAAGAUCACGGAUAUCACAACUGCUAUGGCGACGGCGGCGUAUGUGGAUGUUGUGAUUGAUCCGGGGAUUCUUAGGAAAUGUAAUCGUGAUCGAAACCGUCGGGUCUUGUUCCUGAUGCUCUUGAUGGCGGGGUGUUUUGUGGGUGCUGGUCUUGAGAAAGCGGCUGGGUCGUGUGUCACAUUGAUUAUGAGUGGGGUUUGUAAGGCUGUUGUGACGGUGGUGUUUUUGUUUAAU